AUGGGCGUCGCACAAAUAGUCAAAUACAUGAAUGGGGGAGUUGUUUAGUGUUUUGCAUAGUACACUUCUUCAGCUUCACCAAACGAAGCUUGGAUUCAAGAACGGGAGCCCGAGCGGUAACGGUUAUCCGGGAUUCGCGGUGUCUUGGAAUUAUCGGUUUCAGUUGAAGGGGAUCACUGCAGCUGGGGUAGUGUCAUCUGGUGCAGCUGCACCGCCCACUGUAGUCAGCCAUACUGUUGGUUCUGCGAUUGAAGGGAUCGGGUUCGAAGCGGACACAGGAGGCAGCGGGGGAGACAAAUUUGACGACAACAGCGGCGCAGGAGGCGGUGGUGGUGGUGGAGAUAAUAGCGGCGGAGGUGGUAGAGGGGACGAGGGAGAAGGAGAGGCUUUUGACGACGGGAACAGGAAAAAGAUGGAAAUGUCUAUGUCCCAGAAAUUCACUCUUGGGUAUGCUGCUCUUCUUGGAUUGGGUGGUUUUAUGGGCUACAUGAAGAGUGGCAGCCAGAAGUCACUUCUGGCUGGAGGAUUGUCAGCCUCGCUGCUGUGUUAUGUUUACACUGAGCUUCCUGCAAGGCCAGUUCUUGCAUCAUCCUUAGGGCUUGGUGUAUCUUCUGCACUACUGGUAGUGAUGGGUUCCCGUUUCAAGAGGUCGGGGAAGGUUUUCCCUGCAGGUGUUGUAUCUCUUGUCUCUCUGGCGAUGACAGGAGGCUACCUACAUGGCAUCAUGCGUAGUCUGCACUAGAAUCUGUAUGGACGUAACUUGUAAGGCAGUUACUCUAGCUACCAAGUUUAGCUACUCCCUAAUGGUAACUGGACAAGGUGUUUUGAUAUGUAGAGAGCUUGCUUGACUGUAUUGAGCUUUAAAUGUUAAAACUCUCUGAGAGACCCUCAUGCGCAGUGUGGGUAUUUUCAAUAAUGCGCAUUCACUUUUCAUCCCAAUUAUGAUGUGUUUGUCUUUUGCUCCAUGUCAACCGUUCUUGCACUAGUCUCGCCCUUCCAUCUGUU